CGGCUCGGCGGGCGGUGUCCGGACGCAGGUGCCGGCCGGAGCGGAGCUGGCGGCGCUGUGGGGACCGGCCGGGCCGGGACCCGGGCCGUGGCUAACGAAGGGGCCUGCGCGGCCGCCCGGCCCGGCCGCGGAUCAGGCUCCUGGGACCAUGGGCCUUGGGCCCUGAGGACGCAGGGCUCCCUGUGGCCAUGACGACUGGUGAUUGCUGUCACCUCCCUGGCUCCCUGUGCGACUGCUCCGGCAGCCCUGCCUUCUCCAAGGUCGUGGAGGCCACUGGCCUCGGGCCACCUCAGUAUGUGGCUCAGGUGACUUCAAGGGACGGCCGGCUCCUCUCGACUGUGAUCCGAGCCUUGGACACAUCAAGUGAUGGUCCCUUCUGCCGGAUCUGUCACGAGGGAGCGAAUGGGGAGAGCUUGCUGUCUCCCUGCGGCUGCACCGGCACGCUGGGCGCCGUGCACAAGAGCUGUCUGGAGAAGUGGCUUUCCUCGUCCAACACCAGCUACUGCGAGCUGUGCCACACGGAGUUUGCAGUGGAGAAGCGGCCCCGGCCCCUCACAGAGUGGCUGAAGGACCCAGGGCCUCGGACAGAGAAGCGGACGCUGUGCUGUGACAUGGUUUGCUUCCUGUUCAUCACGCCGCUGGCCGCCAUCUCGGGCUGGCUGUGCCUGCGCGGGGCCCAGGACCACCUCCGGCUCCACAGCCGGCUCGAGGCCGUGGGGCUCAUCGCGCUCACCAUUGCCCUGUUCACCAUCUACGUCCUCUGGACGCUGGUCUCCUUCCGCUACCACUGUCAGCUGUACUCCGAGUGGAGAAGGACCAACCAGAAAGUUCGCCUGAAGAUCCGGGAUGUGGACGGCUCUGAGGCCACCCCGCACUCCUCGCUGGCAGCCGGACUCCUGAAGAAGGUGGCAGAGGAAACCCCUGUGUGAAGGCCGGGCCAAUAGGGCCAGAGGCAGCUGGUGAUGCUGCGGCAUCCGGAAGGACGAAACUGCCCGACCCUUGCUGCCCGGCCACAAUGCUUUUUAGGCCAGGAGCCACCAAGCAGAGCUGGUUCUGUGAUCCCACCCGAAGAUGUUUUCCAGCUGUUUUGCACACCGUCAUACCCGGGGACAGAUGGGUGUGGUCCCGGGCUUCGGACAGAGCAGGCACCCUGAACUCGUUCUGAGGUCCACCUUGUGGGCUGGCAGCCGCAGCCGUGGGUGAACCAGGACACCCAUGGGGCUGGGAGGCUCCGCAAGCUUCUUGCACUUCUCUGCACUGGCAGGUUCGCUUUCCUGGCACCCUUGACCUUCUACAGUUGCACUGCAUUUCCCAAACCCACCCUGACAGAAUAAAAGGAGCCCUUGCUGGACAAAA